AUGCGUGAAUCUAAUCAGAUUUGUGUGGUCCAGACAAUUUUGUCUCAGCCUGCCUACACAAGUGCGAUAUCUAGCAUUGGGGGAGAGCUACAGAGCCUCAGGCACGGCUUCGUAGACGUUCUCAAAGACAAGCUUGAUGAGCACCACGUGAUUCCGAAAGACUUGCUGUGCUUCUACCGGGAAAUGCAACGAAACCCGUAUUCGGCGUCACCGGACAAUAUUACCUUUUACGGCGACCGACAGCCACUGCUUUUCGACAAGCCGUUGAAGGAGGAGUUCGUCUCUGUCGAGUGUGCCACGAAACAGUCCCCUAACCGGACCUUUCACCAGCAGUACCUGCUCAACGCGGUUAUCAAAAAGGAUGUCGAGGACCGCUGCGCGAAGACAAACCUCUCGACGCCUCACAAUCUUAGCGUUCUACUGCUCGGUCUGGACUCGAUGUCGUAUCUUCAUGCGGAGCGGCACCUACCAGAGACGAUAAGGUUUGUGCGCGAGGAGUUGGGGGCUUUCGAGUUGCGCGGAUACACUAAGGUUGGUGAGAAUUCCUACCCAAAUCAGCGCGCUCUCGUCACGGGCCUCGAUUUCGACGAGACGGUGAAGUACGCGCCGGACGGAUUCUACGACAGUAUCGUGCCGCGCAUGAUAUGGCAUCAGUAUGCCGAAAGGGGCUACCGAACGUUGCUUCUCGAGGACUGGGCUCUGUACGCCAUUUUCGAUCACUUCGCGCAUGGAUUCAGGUUUCCCCCGACAGAUUACUAUCCGCACAACGCCAUCCUGGCCAUGGAGAAGGCCUCUGAGUGGAUAGGGGCAAAUCGUCGGCUGCCCCGAUGUUUGGGACCGAAGCUGCUUGCCGAGGAAAUGUUGGACUACUUCACUAGUUUCACGCGGCUAAUGAGCGAGAGGCCUUUCUUCUCGUACUUUUGGGUGAACGAAAUCACGCACGACAAUCUGAACAUGGCUGCGCUUGCCGACAAACCUUACCAGCGACUCCUCAGAUCGCUGCGUUCGUCCGGCGUGCUCAACCACACGGUUCUCCUUUUUGUCAGCGACCACGGCCAGCGUUUCGGCGAAUCUCGCUACUCGUUCAUCGGCAAGUUCGAGGACCGCCAACCGUUCGCCUACGUGGUCUUCCCGAAGUGGUUUCUCGAGCAGAACCCGAGAGCAGCUCGAAGUCUCCUCGUCAACCAGCUGCGCCUGACAACCCCGUACGACGUGCACGCUACGCUCGUCGAGCUGUUGGACUACCCGAGCUCCGAGCGACGACACACUGCGUACGGCCGUAGCCUGCUGCACGAAAUACCGGAGACAAGAACGUGCGCUGAUGCGCACAUCCGGCCCCAUUGGUGCGCCUGCAACGUCCUCGGUGACGUCACAGUAAGCAGCGAACUGGCCGGGACAAUGGCUCAGCAGGUUAUUUAUGGGGUCAACAAAAUACUGCUGCAGGAGGCAGGGAAGUGCUCCAGGCUCCGCGCAAACCGUGUCCAGGAUGUAACGGCGUUGCAGGCGGCGACGCGGACUGGGGAGGUACAAGAAGCCGCCUAUUAUUGGGUCACGGUUCAGGCAUUGCCGGGAAAUGGACUUUUCGAGGGUACAGUACGUGUCAGUGGCGACAAUAUGACCGCACUGGGCGAUUUCAGCCGUAUUGACGCAUUUACCGGACCCUUCUGCGUGUUUGAUAAACACAUAAUUGGGCUGUUUUGCGAGUGUCUCAGCUAA